GCUGUGGACUGUGUGCGGUUUUCCGGAAGCGGAAGUGUAUGCAGAUAUUCAUUGUAAACAUUGAGCUAACCACUGCGUAGUGCCUGGCAGGCAAUGUGACAGUUUGUUGCUUAUCAUCAGAUUUAUUGUUCUGAACCUGCAAAAAAAAAAGUGUGCAGACAUGGGGGUGAAAGGCUUACAGUACUUUAUGGAGACUUGUUAUCCAGAGACUUGCAUACAUGUGGACUUGAGACAGUUGGCUGCAGCUCAUGCCGAAGCCCAUCCUGACAUAAUGCCUACUGUAGUGGUGGAUGGAAUGGCCUGUUUGAGGUACUGGUAUCAGUGUCAAGCCUGGGUCCAUGGUGGUCAGUGGAAGGAGUACAUGCAUUUUUUAAACAAAUUUGUGGAGGCAUUCACAGUGACAGGCAUAAGAUUGGUCUUCUUCUUUGAUGGGACCAUAGAGGAACAGAAGAGAGCAGAAUGGGUGAAGAGACGCCUGAGAGUCAACCAGGACAUAGCCAGAAUAUUUAACUACAUUAAGAAUCGCCACCAGCAACCAGAUAGAGAACUGUUCUGCCUCCCCUCAGGACUGGCCACCUUCUCCAGGUUUGCGCUAAAAUCUCUUGGUCAAGAAACACGUUGCUCUGUUCGUGAAGGUGACUACGAGAUCUCGGAAUACGCACUCCGUAACAACUGCAUAGGUAUCCUUGGUCAGGAUACAGACUUUGUCAUUUAUGACACAGUUCCAUAUAUGUCCAUUGCUAAACUCAGAUUAGAAAAUAUGACCACAGUGCAGUACUCCAGAGAAAAGCUGUGUGACAUCCUGAAGCUUCAGAAGUCGGAUCUUCCUUUCCUGGCAUGCAUUCUGGGUAAUGAUAUUGUUCCAGAGCAUCAACUGCAGAAUCUCCGUAAAAAUGCUUUGACCUUGUAUGGGAAAAAACACCAGGGUGACAAAGUCCAAGCAGCAGCGGAGUUCAUAAAAAGCCAUCGUCCAAACAGUGAUGAAACUUGUGGCAUCUCCUCACUACCUUUAUCCAAAGUUGAUGUGGAGGUUGUUGAAAAGGGAAUCCAGUCAUAUCUUCUCCCAGGACAAACAUCACCUUGGUUAGAUCGAAGCCUACCUUUCCCAGAGCUGGUGUGUGUGAUGGGAAAGUACCUGAACAAAGACAUAUUGCAGGCAGCAAAAGAGAAGCACAUACGAGCAGAGUGUUUUAUGAUCUAUAAUGUCCUCCAGGAUGGAGUGGUGGAAUGCAGCAAUACGCUGGAAGACGAGGAACUUGGACUGCCACCUCAGGCUAUUUUAUACCAACCACUUAGAGAACAUAUCUACAGUAUUCUCCUCCCUAGAUCUUACGGCGAAACCUUGUCUGUGAAGGAAUGGUUUGUUUUUCCCAGAAAUCCACUUGAAGAGCCAAAAAUAGUGGCUCCAACACCUCUAAACCUUCCAGAGGGAACGCCUGACCUUCAGACUCUGUGGUUUGGGAACGACUCAGAGAUGACAAGUGUUCGAGUGUCUACUUUCCUGGCUGUUUUUGACCUACAGGACUUUACUGAAGAUCUGAAAUCUUUUGACACUCCUUUGGUAGCUGUGAUUUGUCUUGUAACGUACAUAGCUAUUCAGGCUAAACACUUUUCGGUAGAAGACAUAGAUGCAUAUCUAAGCCAAGCUGUCUGUAUCAGAUAUAAGUCUUACACAGACCUGCAACACAUGAGGGUUCCUCAGGUGGACCCAAGGGCUGUUCACCUUGGUUCCCUCUUUGUACGGGGCUUAACCUACCUGAUUGCUGCCAAUAGUGCCUGUGGAUUUCCUUUUGCCAUGAAUGAGAUCAUGCCUUGGAAAAUAUUUGAUGGCUUGCUGUUCCAUUCUAAGUACCUACAAGCACACUCUGGUUGCGCUAAAGAGGAGCUUCUAGAGGGCAACCCUGCGUGGAUAUCACUCUUUCUCACCCUUCGAGAUCUGGUGCUCAAAGCCUGCAGAAGACAUGGCUCUACUCUCCUUAGUUUUCCAUGCAGACUUCAGCAUGGGAGGCCCAUGGAUGCAGAGUCUCACAGAGAAUGUGAACCCCAACUCCUUAGCACCUCAGACUGCUACUAUAGACAGCAACCCAGGGGUCCAGCCUUCCACAUGCAAGGACAUGGCUAUAGACCAAGAUCAAGAACAAGACAUCCUAACAGAAGAAGGAAUUACCUUGCCCCAAGAUGGCCUCGGUAGCAAAGCUAAAGACCAGCUUUCCCUUGACCCAAAAAUGCUCAAGAAAAGAGAUCAUGGAGGUAUUUGAUGGAUCAUUCAUUCUGGUGAAAUGAAACUUCACUGAUCUUCAUGGAUUCUUUUGACUCCUUGCCCAUCCUGCAAUGCAGAUGGCUGUUCACAAGGCAUUGUCUACUGUGGCUUUAACUGUCUGGCUUUGAUGACUGAAUAGGGUGUGGUAGUUUUAUAACACACUCCUCCACACAUUGUCUUGCUAUCAGUGAGGGGAUGCUCACUGAAUGAAAACCAGUGCCAGUAUUUUCCAAAGAUACUUAUGAAAACAAAACUGAACAAUAAUAAGCACCUGUCCUUGCUACUGGCACAUACAGUAUGCCAUUUGUUUGCACAGUGUACAUGUAGUCAACAAAAGAAAAAAAGCACAAUAAAAAGAUGAAUCAAGAUGUA